AUGCUCAGCUCCAGGCAAGUGCUCCUGCUCAUCCUGAGCUUCCUGCUCACUGCAUCCUGCCUCAUGCUCAGCUCCAGGCAAGUGCUCCUGCUCAUCCUGAGCUUCCUGCUCACUGCCUCCUGCCUCAUGCUCAGCUCCAGAACUGGUGCCACCCCGCCCUACAAAUCCGAGCAAGAUGGUGUCGUCUCUAAUUCUGGACCAGCCAAGAUGUUUGCGCCUAUAUUACCUAUCGAGGAGAAGGAAGUAAUCAUUAACAUCCAACCAAAUGAUAAAAAUGAAGUUAACAGCUCCGUUCAUGCUUUUCCUGCACCAUUGAAGCUUGAUGGAGGAAACAAAGUCGUGGAUUAUCCCGAUUAUGAGUAUCGCGCCGAGCCAGAAGUCGGUGUCUUCGGCAGUAUUGCAGCUUCGUUAAAUCUGCCACAAGAUUCAGUCUUAAAUAAAGCAUUAAACUUGGUAGAUAACGUCAAGCAGUUUGCAGACGAUGGCACUCCAAUUAUGGAAUCUGUUUUCAGUUUUGCCAAGGGUCUAAAAUCCAUGUCCAAAAAAGUGUCCGAGAUUAAUCGAAAGAUUGAUAAUAAAAAAUUAAAACUUGUUCAAGGUUUUGUGGAUUCAAAGGAGACAAAACCUGAUUACGAAUACGAUGUGAAGAGGCCUCCUAUCCCAGACCCUCCUCUCGGACCAGAAGCUCGCAAGAAUACCGAAUUUGAAAAACAGAUGCAACACGAGGAUAAAAAACCAUCGUUGCUUAAGUCUAUUGCACAGAACGUCGGACCAGCAAUUUUGGCAGAAUAUUCCAGAAGUGUUAAUGACGCACAACCUGAUGGCGGGCCUUCACUCAUCGAAAAUAUUUUCAUCAAUGUCGGUCCAAAAAUCAUAGCAGAAACUUUUGGAGGGGGAAACGAUAACGGAAAUGAUAAAUCAGAGAAUGGUUUCAAUAGAGCUUUGAAGUUUCUUGCCCCGUUCGUGAGAACGGUAGUCGAAAAUCAAGAAGGGGAUAAAGAUGAUGUGAAUACAGCAGUGUCGUCCAUCAUGAGGGUAAUGGGGAAUUUGUCGCCGUUAUUUGAAGGAGGUGGACCAAGUAAGAGACCGCUCGGUGACACUCUCGUGAUACUCAAACCUGUCUUGGACAUUUUGGGGCCUUCUAUCAUGGACAAAAUAUUAGAUAGUAAGAAAAAUGAACAAUUAAAUGCUCGACGACAUGAUGCCCAGUACAGCGAGUUGCAUGAGGGAAGGAAACACUCAAAUAAAACCAUCGUUGACAAGAUGCUGAACGGCCUGGAUGAAAAAACUGUCGGGCAGGCCAUGGGGCGAGCGCUGACCGGCAUCUUGGUGAAAGCGUUGCCCGACACCGUGAAGCUGCCGCGGCCGUCGGAAAUACGGCGGCCUUACGACAUGGCGGUCAACCUCCUGCUUGGCAACCCACGGAACAAUUCGAAAGAAAUUUGGCACUGGCUAAGGAAGCUUUCCGGAGAGAACGAGGCUCCUGGAGGAAACUCCGCUACCAGUUUGAUGAUGGAAGAAGUGGUGCACCCAAAAAGAGCUCUGUUUAAAGAAGACAUCCGGCACUUCUAUGGGCUUCUUAACUACGAAGAAGACUCGUGUAGGAAUCGUAGCAGAAUUGGAGGAGUGUACGAUUGGAAAAAGGACCUGAUCUUAGGGAGCCGUGUGGUGUGCGAGGACUUUGACCUCUGGAAGGCGCCGCUCAGGGACGUCGUGGCCUUCGGCAGACAACAGAGUUGGUCCUUCGAGGAGGAGCUCGCCAAGAGAGGGAACAUUCGUGUGCACGCAUUGGACCAGCGUCCGAGAGCAAAGAGCUACAACCACACGCAGGAGAUUCUUGUCUACCCAGGCCGCCUGCUGCAGAGUCAACCAAGCGACUCCCAGAGCAAAACGUUCGCUGGCUGGCUAACGCACUGGGGUUUACUGCGUAGUCCUCUGCAUCUCGUCAAACUUGACCUCGGCGGCGGCGAGUGGCAGAUUCUUCAAUCGCUGACUAAGGAAGAGACGCCAGCGCUGGAGGAUAUUUUGCAACUUUCGGUGACGGUUCGCAUGGAAGAGGCCAUCAAGGACCCGUCUCUGUACUCCGCCUACGCAGAGACCAUCGAGACUCUGGCUAGUCUGGGACACCAAUUAUUUAGUGUUGUUCCUGAGUCCACGGUACCAGGAUUCGAUGAUCCGCUGGUGGCCGGGCAUCAGGUGGCGUUUCAGUAUGAGCUUGGCUUCGUCAGGAUAUAAUCUUAAAAAAAUAAAAGAUUUAGAUCAAAAUAUUGAUAUUAUUUAAUUAAAUGAUCGUUCGCAUCCAGCAGUCACAUCCCGAUCAUACCGCACGGCGGAGUGCGAUUUCAACCCCGGAUCGUAGCUGUCAAAAACCUUCCCUGAAGAACAGAGAAAGUAUAAUUCUUCUGAGUUAUUCAAAAGAAGAAAAUUUGACUUCCGUGAAUAGAAAAUUAUUCGGCUAUUUUGUGAAAUAGAAGAUUCAGCCACAAAACCAAUUAGAUUCAAUUCAUCGUUCUCUCUAUCUCCUUCUUUUGGCACUCCGGGAAUAAUAUUCCUAAAACGAGGCGAAAAAACAAUAUUGAAAACUUGCUAAUUCAACUCAAAAGUUGAUUUUAUCAUUUUCAAAAAGUUCAUAUAGAUUUUAUACUUGUAAUAUAAAGAACAUCUGCAAUAAAAAUCAGUUAUUGAAAUCACAAUCCUUUCAAUUUUAUAAUGAACCAUUAUUUAAUAUGUUCCCGCAUUAUUUGCCAACAAAACACAGCUAGACUUGGGAUUUUGUUUGUUGUUGGGUAAUAUGUAGAUGUGAUAUUUGGAAUAAUACUGAUAGUUGGCUACCGUCCUACUUUCAAAUUAAACUUUUUAUUUAAAGACAGCAUCUCAUAUAAGGACGCAAACCGAUAAGCAGUUGUCUACGUACAGGUAGUGUAAAGUAUUUAUCCUUUGUUAAUUCUUCCUUGUUAUUUCCAAUAAAACAGUACAUACCAA